AUGGCGACCGCGGGGAAGGUGAUCAAGUGCAAAGCUGCGGUGGCAUGGGAGGCCGGCAAGCCACUGUCGAUCGAGGAGGUGGAGGUAGCGCCUCCGCAGGCCAUGGAGGUGCGCGUCAAGAUCCUCUUCACCUCACUCUGCCACACUGACGUCUACUUCUGGGAGGCCAAGGGGCAGACUCCGGUGUUCCCUCGGAUCUUUGGUCAUGAGGCUGGAGGUAUCAUAGAGAGUGUUGGAGAGGGUGUGACUGACCUAGCUCCGGGUGACCAUGUCCUUCCUGUGUUCACUGGGGAGUGCAAGGAGUGCCCCCACUGCAAGUCGGCAGAGAGCAACAUGUGUGAUCUGCUCAGGAUCAACACUGACCGGGGUGUGAUGAUUGGUGAUGGCAAGUCACGGUUUUCAAUCAAUGGAAAGCCUAUCUACCACUUUGUUGGGACUUCCACCUUCAGCGAGUACACUGUCAUGCAUGUUGGUUGUGUUGCAAAGAUCAACCCUCAGGCUCCACUUGAUAAAGUUUGUGUUCUUAGCUGUGGUAUUUCUACUGGUCUUGGUGCGUCAAUUAAUGUUGCAAAACCACCAAAGGGUUCGACAGUGGCUAUUUUCGGUCUAGGAGCUGUUGGUCUUGCCGCUGCAGAAGGUGCAAGGAUUGCUGGAGCGUCAAGAAUCAUCGGUGUUGACCUGAACCCUAGCAGAUUCGAAGAAGCUAGGAAGUUUGGUUGCACUGAAUUUGUGAACCCAAAAGACCACAAGAAGCCCGUGCAGGAGGUACUUGCUGAGAUGACCAACGGAGGUGUUGACCGCAGUGUGGAAUGCACUGGCAACAUCAACGCUAUGAUCCAAGCAUUUGAAUGUGUUCAUGAUGGCUGGGGUGUUGCUGUGCUAGUGGGUGUGCCACACAAGGAUGCUGAGUUCAAGACUCACCCAAUGAACUUCCUGAACGAGAGGACCCUGAAGGGAACCUUCUUUGGCAACUUCAAACCACGCACUGAUCUGCCAAAUGUGGUGGAGCUGUACAUGAAAAAGGAGCUGGAGGUGGAGAAGUUCAUCACACAUAGCGUUCCGUUCGCGGAGAUCAACAAGGCGUUCGACCUGAUGGCUAAGGGGGAGGGCAUCCGCUGCAUCAUCCGCAUGGAGAACCAGAUUUCGCUGUCUGGUUUGUGA